AUGGAACCACGAGGCACAAUAUGGUCCAUUCAUUGCUGGGAAACGAGGCACACGAUGCCACAUGCAUAUGGAGUUGAGGGUGAUGGUGAGGGAGAGUUCCGGAAGGUGCUACCGUGGAAAACGAGGAGAUCGAUGGCUGAAGAUGCUCCGAGCAACACGUCUCUGAUAUUGGCUCAGAGAAGAACCACGAGGAAGGACCCUUUGGACAACUUUAACCGUUACACCGGUGGUUGGAAUAUCAGCAAUCGCCACUACAUUGCUUCAGUGGUUUUCACUGCGGUUCCCUUCUUUGUUGUUGCUGCGGUCUGGUUUGUGAUUUUUGGGCUCAGUUUAUCCCUAAUCUGUUUGUGUUACUGCUGUUGUCCAAGAGAACCUUAUGGUUAUUCACGUUUGGCCUAUGCUUUAUCCUUGAUCUUGCUCAUUCUCUUCACCGUUGCAGCAAUAGUUGGAUGCGUCCUUCUUUACACUGCUCAGGGGAAGUUUCAUGGGAGCACCAUGAACACACUGGAAUACGUGGUGAGUCAAGCUGACUUCACUGCCGAAAACCUCAGGAAUGUGUCAGAUUAUUUUGAUGCAGCUAAGAAGAUUGGAGUCGAUGCCGUUUUUUUGCCUGCUGAUGUUCAGAAGGAGAUUGACGAUAUUAAGACAAAGAUUAAUUCUUCUGCUGCAGAACUUUCCAGCAAGACUGAAGAUAAUUCAGAGACAAUUAAAGAUGUCAUAGAUGCAAUGAGACUGGCUCUGGUUAUUGUUGCUGCUAUUAUGCUCUUUCUUGCAUUUGUUGGAUUUUUAUUAUCAAUAUUUGGGCUGCAAGGUCUUGUAUACUUCUUGAUCCUUAUUGGGUGGAUUCUUGUUGCUGGCACAUUUAUACUUUGUGGUAUAUUUCUCUUUCUUCACAAUGUGGUUGGAGAUACAUGUGUUGCCAUGAAUGAGUGGGUGCAGAACCCUACUGCACUGACAGCCUUGGAUGAAAUUCUUCCGUGUGUAGAUAAUGCAACUGCCCAGGAAACCUUGACACGAACAAGGGAUGUGACUCAUCAACUUGUUAAAUUAGUUGACAACAUCGUUUCCAAUGUCACUAAUAGAAAUUUCCCACCUGCUGCUGGACCCUUGUACUACAAUCAAUCAGGGCCCUUGAUGCCUCUUCUUUGUAAUCCAUUUAAUCCUAACCUCAGUAAUCGGUCGUGUGCGGCUGGGGAAGUUCCGUUGGACAAUGCUGCAGAGGUGUGGAAGAACUACACUUGUGAGGUUUCUUCGUCAGGCAUUUGCAAGACGCCCGGUCGGAUGACGCCGAUCAUUUACGGGCAACUGGAAGCUGCAGUGAACAUAAGUUAUGCCUUGUAUCAUUAUGGUCCAUUCUUGGUUGAUCUACAAGACUGCACUUUCGUGCGGAAAACAUUCACAGACAUCAGCAACCAAUACUGUCCUGGUCUGCAGACAAAUAGUCAGUUGAUUUAUAUUGGUUUGGUUUUGGUAUCUGCUGCUGUAAUGCUGUCUUUGAUCUUUUGGGUCAUCUAUGCAAGGGAGCGGCGGCACCGUGUUUAUACUAAACAGUUCAUUGACGGCUAA